GUUUUCAAGCGAGCUAACAUGAGCUGGGCAGGAAAGGAGACAGUGCCGUGGACAAACAGCAACAGGAGAAUCGGAAAUCGGGCUUCAUAUAUGUAACACAGUUAUUUUCUGAGGAGGAAAAUAUACUGACCCUCUGCGGUUAUUCAGAGUCUACAUCAGCCCCAUCUUGGCGUGCGUUACCGUGUGUUUUCAUCGUAACGCAGCACCUCUGAAGCAAGCCAAGGUCAGCGUAGGUGUGAAGAACCCUGCAGACUACUGCGGUGGCGGGGCAGGAGCACGCAGCUCAGGAAGAUGGCAUCACCCUUUGUGCCUGUCCCUUUGCCCAUGGACAGAGCCUUGUCAGGAGGUAACAGCAAGCUCAGACGGCCACAGCGGGCUUCGUCGGUAGGCAGCGUCUCCAGCAGCUCGUCCUGUUCCUCCAUCACCAGAGUGGCCAGGGAGGAACACCGAAGAGGGAGUGCAGGAUUAGGUUCCGAGCGCCCGUCCCGCUGCACGGACAGGGGCAGCCGGAGCAAGACGCCGCCACCCGUUCAGAGCCCUGUGACACGGGCCAGGGUGAACGGGACUCUGGAUGCCUCCGUAGAAUACUCCAGCUGCCCCCGCUCCAUUUCGGAUCCUGUUGGGAGUCAGCAAGACGAGGAGAGGCCUAUUACGCCCACUGUGCUGGGGUAUGAGGUCAUGGAGGAGAGGGCCAAGUUCACGGUAUUCAAGGUCCUGGUGAGGAAGACGCCAGAUGAGAGCUGGGUUGUUUUUAGAAGAUACACGGACUUCUCCAGACUCAACGACAAGCUGAAGGAGAUGUUCCCAGGCUUCCGCCUCUCGCUGCCUCCUAAGCGGUGGUUUAAAGACAAUUAUGACAGCGACUUCCUGGAAGACCGACAGCUGGGGCUACAGGCCUUCAUGCAAAACCUGGUUGCACAUAAGGACAUUGCCAACUGCCUGGCAGUGAGAGAGUUUCUGUGUCUGGAUGACCCGCCCGGGCCUUUUGAUAGUCUGGAGGAGAGCAGAGCCUUCUGUGAGACUCUGGAGGAGAGCAACUAUCGUCUCCAGAAGGAGCUGAUGGAGAAGCAGAAGGAGAUCGCCUCCCUGAAGAGGAGGCUGGAGGAGAGAGAGCAGGCCAUCCUGCUACUAGAGAAGCACAUCAAUGGUGAGUGUGUGAGCCCAGAGUCUUUAUGUGGUCUGUCAGCUCCAGGCAGCGAGAGCAGUGCAGAUGUGGAUGUGGAGUCGUCGGCUGCCGAGGCUGAUCAGGACAUGCCGGACGAAACUGGUGGCAGGUGUGAGGUCCAGCCGGUGCGCUCCUCCGCCUGCUGGUGUGGGCCAUCGCUCAGCGCCUCUCCUCCGGUCAUCCAGGUCACGCAGCUCUACCACCAGAAGCUGGAACAACAAUGAACGCCGGUCCUUCUUUUUUACAUUUUUUCCUCCGUCUCCUCCUCUCACACCAGAGCACUCCACCUCCCUGAUGUUUGAGAGCCAUUACAUACCGUUCUUUCGUGGGUUUUUCUUUUUUUUUUUACGGAGUCUCUGACCUCUUCUACCUUCCAUCACAACUCCUUUGUCCGCCCUCCAGAUUGUAGCCGCUGUAUAACCUUCCGGCCUUGGAGUUGGAUCUGACGCAGCCUUUAACUCAAGAUCUUAUUGGGUUAAAAGGGAACAGGUCGAGGCUGCUGCAGCCUGGUUCACUUAUAUUUCCAUGUUUACAAUCGCUCAAGGGAUAUUUUAUGUGGCUGAAGACUGCACCCUGAGGACCUUGUGCAAAUUCCUACAGGAACAGUGUCUGAAAUUACAUGGUUCAACCUCAGAUUAAGUUGAUCUUUCUAAACACUUGGUGGGAACACUCAUUCUUGCACCUCCUACUGUGGCUGCCAGAUCGGAUCAAUUUGAUCCUGCGGUCACAAAGCCAAAGUUUGGCUUCUUGACCAAAAAAAUAAGAUAACUUGAAGACUCACACCACAGGGUGGUUUGAUGAUUUUCACAAAACGUGUCUCCAGGAAAAACCCGACCCUUCAUCUCAUCAGUUUCUGCAGACAUGCAUUGCCUUAUGGCUCCUUACUUGUGGCAAGCAGCCCAUCCUCCCAUCAGAGAAACAACACCCCCAUGUGGAGACAGAAAUAAGAAAAUAGUCUGGAUGAAUGAAACGUCUCAGGAUAGGUGUUGGUGGCCAGGUGGGUAUCAAAGGGGACUGACAACUUGCUGUUUGCGGGUACUUCCAUGUCAUUGCUUUGUACUGCCAUUGACUGUCAUUGAGGCUGUAAACAGACAUUACUUGAGAACAUUAUGUUUUCACUUUAGUCAAACUCAGUUUGCAUCAAAAAAGCUGACAUUCCCUCAAGUUUUUAGUGCCAUGCAUGAUUUGUGGUAAACCAGGCCCUGUGAGAGACUGUCAGAUCUGUAACAUGCUGUACUCUGAGAGAGAGCCAAAGGAAAUGUGGCCUAUUGUAGUUUUUCACAUGUCCGUCUGUUCGCGCACAUGCAUCGGCUUGCUUCAAGGCAUUGAUUAUCCCAGUGCAAGUCACAAAUAUUUACAACUCAAGACCUCGUGUGGCGCCUUGGCUGUUAACCGUGUGUAGAUUGGGCUGUGAGAAUAAGAUAUUUUGCAAUUUGGAAAUAAUUUAAGAAAACUUGACCCAUUUUUUUUUUUUUUAAAGACAGAUUUGCUAGUUACCCCUACUAGUAUGUAGCCAUGCAAAUAGUUUUGGUUUUAUUUACCCAGGAUUUUAAGAUAUCCAGUGGUAAGGUUUCUCGUGAAAACAAUUGAGGUUAAUGGAAUGGUGUUUGUGGUGCAAGAGGUCUUGAAAAAGUACUUGUAACAGCAAUUUGUCUUCCAAUAAUGUAAUCAUGGGGGACCAGAGCCUUUGCCACAGCUCUAGAGAAAAGUCUUGCUCUCACUCCAGUUUCAGGGGCAAAAAUGCUUUGGCUUGUUGUUUUUUUGGUGUAAACCAAUCAAAAUAAUCAACUGGGCUAAUCCUCAAGGAUUAAAGGUUCCUUGGCUAAACCCAGAAUGCAAAGGGGGUGCGCCUGCAAAUUAGUGUCAGGGUGAACGUCUUUUGCACGUAGGAAGACGAGCUCCAGCAAAAAUACGGUUAAAUCCUUGCAAAAUAAUAGACAAGAGCUGUGAGUUUAUUUACGUUCUUCCCAUUAGAGACCAGGGUAUUAGUGUUUGUUACUCGCCAUGUAGGUUGCUAGCGCUGAGGUUGUUUUCUGUAGGUAAGGGGAUAUUUGAAAACACUUGGAUAAGCUAGAUAAUGGAGGGGAGGAGAACAAAGCCUGAAAGAGGCGCCCAAAGGCAGGCUGAUAUACCACGAGUGUACAUCAGCUGAGUCAAACUAAAUGAGCAAGAAUCCCUCUCAACAGCAACAUCCGUGUGCUAGAAUCCAUUGUAUUGGGUCGGAAGAUUUCUGCACAGAAUUCCAUAACUAUCUGCAAUGCUGUAACUGUAAGAAUAGGUGAGAGUAUAACCAAUAGGUGAGAGUAUAACCAAGUGUGGUGCUAGUUUACCUGAAGAGAAACAGGACGUUUUGCCCUGGGAGACUGAAUGGACCACAAUUGAGAAAGAAGAGGGAAAUGGGAAUUUUGGGGGGGCAUCAGCAGGCCUUCGUGAAUUAGAUACAGAUCUGAAAUGCAUUUCAGGAAACUCUUGAUGAUAGAGUUCGAGCUUUAAAUGCUUUGUAUCAGCGUCCACUUCUCACCAGACCCACAGGUCAUCAUCACCCCCAGAGCCAUAUUUGUAGACGCGAGUAACACUUGACAGGUCGGGGUUUCACAUGUGGUCGUGUGUGUUUGACCAGCUGUUUUCACUCUUCGCUAAUGAGUUAAUGAAACAUGUAACAACCACAGCUAACACUAAAUCGUCUCAAACUAGGCCUAGACAAAGGCCAUGUGAUGCACUUUAUAGAUGAAUGGCAACCCAUACUGUUUUGCUAGGAUAUGGUUUUUAUGACUUAAUUUGUUUGAGACAGAAACGUGCCUUUUAAAAAAAUUUAAAAAAAUCACUGAAUCUGUCUUGAUCCCCAAAUGGAUCUAAUUUGUUGAUAUAUGAGUAAUGUAUUUGGAUUUUUUGUCCAUGUAAAUUCCCUUCACGCAUAAUUCUAAGUGCCUUGAACUUCAUUCACUUAGAUUUUCUUUUGAUGUGUUUGAAUAGCUUUAUAGACACGGACAUGACACAAUUCCCUUCAGUUCCGCUCACGGAAAUGUUUUAAAAUGACGCUCAUAUGUUCACGUUGUUGAUGGAGUAGACUGAAUCAACAUGUGUUCUGUAAUAAUACAUGAAUAAAUAACACGUCUUAGUUCACAUAUGCACCCAUAGUAGCACUGUAAAUGAUUUGAAUUAAUAGAAUUUGGUGUCACUAUCUAUGUCCUGGAUUUAAAGGGAUAAUUCACUGCAAAAACCUGGUCUGAAAUGCGUACUGUAGAUGCUGAAAGUCGCACUAUAGCAGAGAUCUUUAUCAGAUAUGAAUAUUGAAUUCAUUCACAUGGAAUGAUAUAUUAAAUACAGAUGUACAGUAUGUCACCUCA